AUGGCCGACGACGACGCGUUUCGCCUCGUGCAUUUCCACGACUCCGACUCCGACGACGACGAGGAGGAGGAGGAGGAGGAUGGGGAGGUCCCGCCGCGCGCCACGACGCGACGCCGCCGCCGCUGCGCGCUCGUUUGGGCCGCGGACCAGCGAGUGUUGCCUCGAGGGUGCCGAUGCGACGACGACGACGACGAGACGACGGUCCGAUGCGAUCGCCACGCGCGGCCCGCGUCGACGACGCGCGCGAGAGACGCGGAGGAGGAGGAGGAGGAGGACGACGACGACGGCGUCAUGGACGGCGGCGAGCGCAUGCGCCUCGGGCUCGUGUGGACGGGCGUCCGCGGCGCGUGCGCGGCGGUGCGACGCGCGAUCGCGAUGACCGCGACGGUCGACGACGACGACGACGGCGACGGCGGCGGAUCGGGCGCGACGGGCCCCGGGACGCGCGUCGUCGAGCUCGGCGCGGGGAUGGGCGUCGUCGGGAUCGUCGCGGCGCGUGCGCUGCGAUCUUCGUCGCGGAAGAAGAAGAGGAAGGACGCGGUGAUCAUCACGGACAAGCUCCCGCGGGCGGUGUCGCUGUUGCGAGAGAACGUCGCGAUGAAUCUGAAUCUGAGGCGCGUUCCACACACUGGUCCCCAUACGACCGCGUUCGCGUGGUGA